AUGUUGUCACCAUUGUUUCAGGGCUGGGCUACCGAGGUCCACAGCCAUGUCUGUGUAUUCCGGCGUUCUUUUUUUAGUAUCUUGCUCAUGAUGUGUGUGGACUCGCAGUUGUCGUUUUGUGUCAGUGUCACCAAAGGUGUUUUCUGGUUGACAAGUCUGGUGUGCAUGUUUGUGUGUUCAGCCAGAACGGUUUACAACUGCGCUGUCGUGACAAGUCUGGUCGGGACAUUUGCCUGCUUGGUUGAAAUUCAAUGCAGAGGUUGUGACUGUGGUACCAGUGUCAUGCACUCAUGCGUCGGAGAAUUAUCGUAUGAGACGUUGACGCAUAUAUCUGUUUGUUCUGAUGGGGGAGUCACUGUGUUCAGGUGUAACGGUGGCAUUGUGUGA